AUGAGCUCUCAGGGCUUUUCCUUUCCACCUCCCCCUCCGCCCCCGCCGACCACCCACCAACCGUCAGCGAACCCCCCGGUGCGACAUGGACAGUACUCGGGUGGAAGAGGUGUAGAUCAGAGAGGCCGGGGGAGAGGACAGGGUAACCGAGGCCGUGGAGGAGGACACCAGAACAGAACUGGAAGAGCGCCGUCAUAUUCUGCACCUGGACCUCUCGUUGCACAGCCAAAUUAUGGCGGAUAUAUCCCUCAAGCUCUUCCCACAGCGCCUUACAUGCCCCCGUCACCCUAUCAUCACAGCCAACCUUCCGUCUACCAGAACCCUCAGGCUCCGUCCUCAUUCCAGCCUCAACAAUACGGCCAGUCGGUCCCCCCUCAAGGCCAUUUACACAAUCAACACUCUCAACACCCGCAUCCAUUUCCAUACCCGUACACCCAGCCAGGAACCACAGGUCAUCCACAACAUAUGCCCACCAAUACCCCUCCUGCGCAAUACACCCAAGGUUUACAGGCACCUCAUCAGUCAAGUAAUCAUGCAGUAAUGGGCGGUGCGCCGUGGCAUCCUGGGAUGCACGGUGCCGGUUCAUACAUGGGACCCCAAAUGGGGAAAGCACGAGCGCCACGACCCCCUCAUAACAACCACAAUUCCAAUUCACAACCUCAUAAAAGGAACCAUUCAUCUGCGUUCAGCAAGCCCCAGACUACUGCACCCCGAACGCCGGCUGCACCAGCCGUGCCAAGCUUUGGGAACCCUCUGCCAUCAAAACCACCUCUCCCCGCAGACGCCGCGGCUGCCUCAAAGGCAAAGAGGAAAAGACGGAAGCACAAUCAACUCGGUUUGACCCCUCAUGCCAAUGACCAAGAGUCCAGUGAGGAUGAGGGGGCUGAGGAUGAAGAGUCCAAGCUGGCGCAGAGUGUGUCUGAAAAGGCACCUCUUGAGGUGUCUUACAAAGGAAAAACUUCUAAAUUAGAAUCGGCAUCGGAUAUUGCUGCUUGGAUUGCGGAGCGCAAGAAGAGAUUCCCCACCCAAGCUCGGAUUGAAGAAAAGAAGAAGGUUAUGGAAGAAGCCAGCAAAGCCCGGGCAGCAGUGCGUCAAGAAAAGAACAAGGAACAGCAGAAGAAGCGAAAAGAUCAUGGACAAAAACAAAAUGAACCGAUCGCAAGUUCUGCUGCUGAGCCGGUGACGGAUGCUCAGCGCAGAGAGACUAUCCAGCGCGACCUUGAACGAGAGGAGCAACGGAUUCUGAAAGCCAUGGCUGAGACUGAGGCUGCUCGUCUCCGAUUGGAAGCCCUAAAGAAGGAGAAAGAGGCAUUGAGCCUAAGUGCAGGGUCUGACCAGAAGAACGCUACUGCCCAAGAUACACAAGUGAAGCACAACGACUCGGCGCUGGAGUCCGCCACUGAGCCGAAACGCGAAGACUCAACCCCAGGGGCUGUCAUGGAGGCUGAGCCCCAGGAACCACUUCCAGACAUUCAACCCGAACGCGAAGAACCGGGGCCUGUCAUCAAGCCUGAGCCUCAUGUGCCUGACACACUGCCCGACACCUCUAAUCCAGAGAACCAAAUUGAACCAGAACACACAGUCAAACCUGAGGUCCCCUCCUACAAUGAGUUAGAUGUUGCUAUGGACCUUGCGUCCAAUCACGGCAGUGACUGGACCUCUUCGAGCGGUUCCGGCUCAGAUUCCGACAGCGACAGCGACGACGCGCCAGAACAAGCAACUUCACGUCGUACAGGACCAGAGCGAGUGCCUCCCCCGCCCCGCGAAGGCAAAAGGAUGGUAUGUCGCUAUUUUGCGCGCAACGGGCUCUGCAACCGCGGCGACCAGUGCAAAUUCCUCCACGAUAAUGAGACUUCCGACCGUAAUCCCAAGGCAAAGGCCAAGCCGACUGAGAAGAAAGAUAAAGAUACCAAACGCAAGGGACUCUACCAAGCUUUGCUGGACCAACAGAAGGAAGAGGACAACCAGCGGGCAAUGGAAGUGAUCUCCUGGCUGGGUCAAAACAACAUGCUUAUGCCGGCCUCAGAUGAAGGGCCUGCUCCACAUGAUACCCCCAACUAG